AGCGGACCUCUGCACGGAGUGGAACUAAAAAUUAAAAAAAAAAAUACUAGAUAUAAUCAGUCCGCGGAAAACGUUGAAUUCAAUUUUUUUUCACAGAUGAAAUUUUUAAUUUUAAGUUAAUUUAAAGCAUAUAUAAAAGCCAACUGCAUAAAGUCUACGUCGUGCGGAAAAUUCGUAACGAAAAAUUGCCAGCUGCAUUUUUCCUAAAGGAAACAAAAAGUAAUAAAAUAAAAUAAAAUUCAUUCGUUCAAGCUAAGUCGGAACGGAAACGGAGCGUAACGUUGCGAGGGGAUCUGUGGAUCGGGUUAGGAACGGAGUGAGAUACAUAGAGUGGAGUGUGUAGAUUGGAGCGUAACGUUACGUUACCAAAAAAUAACGACGGGGUCGUAACGCCAACGACCACCACACAUACGAUCGAAAAUUAGAAGUAUGACUUUUUCGCGGAAAAAAGUGCUGACGUUAUGCGUGUGCACGCUAUUGGCACUCAUCAGUUUUCCCGGAUAUGUAGACUGUGCUAACAAAAAGGGAUCACAGGCCACAGUAGCGCCACCACCGGCGCCCAUCGAACCCGAGGCUGUAAUCGAAGAGGUCAAUGCCAAGCAAUUGGAGAAAUUAUUGACCGACAAGGAUUAUGUUGCUGUCUUCUGGUAUGCGCGAAGCUGUAUCACCUGUGACAAAGUAUUAGCAGAACUCGAAAAAAUCGAUGAUGAUACCGAUUCAUUUGGUGUCGACUUCGUAAAGAUUAACGACAAACGACUAGCAAAGCAAUACGGAAUAAAAAAUUUCCCAGCACUCACGUACUUCAGGGAAAAAGAACCAAUUAUCUAUGAUGGCGAUCUCAUGGACGAGGAGGGCGUACUUGAUUUUCUCACUUCUCUCGAGGCCAUGGACCUGCCCGAUCGCAUUGAAGAGGUUAAUUCAAAGAUACUAUUAAAGAUUAUCGAGGAUACUGACUUUGUAGCUGUUCUAUUCUGUCCCGAUCAUGCCACGUGUCCGCCUAGGGUGAUGGAUAAGCCGCAAUGUCGCAAGUGUGCCAAAGCUUUGCAAGAACUGGAAAACAUCGACGAUGAAGCAGAUCAGUUGGGCAUCGGUUUUGUCAAGAUUCAUGAUGAGGCAUUGGCCGAGGAAUAUAAUUUGGGCAAUCUUCCAGUAUUGGUUUACUAUCGCCAUCAGACGCCGAUCAUAUAUGAAGGUGAAUUGUCUCGAGAAGAGGAUGUCUUAGAAUGGCUGGUGCAAAAUAAAUCUACCGGUGAUGAAGAUGACGUCAUAGAAGAUGUUACUGCUAAAACGCUGUCCACACUAAUCAGCAAUAUCGAUAAUCUGGUUGUAUUAUUCUAUGAUCAUGGUAAUGAUGAUUCAAUGACCGUAUUGGAAGAGCUAGAACAAAUUGACGACGACUGCGAUAAACACGGUAUUCAAUUUGUGAAAAUUGACGAUCCAAAAGCCGCAGCCGAAUAUGGAAUCGAUACGAUUCCGGCAAUAGUAUAUUUCGAAAAACAAAUUCCAAAUAUUUAUGACGGUGAUCUCAUGGCUGAGGAGCAGAUACUCCACUGGCUGGUGGGACAAUUAGAGCAUGACGAAAUCGAGGAUGUUACAGAUGAGAUGCUUGACAAGAUGGUGAAGGAAGGCCGUGUUAUGGCUGUGCUAUUCUAUGAUAACAAUGAUAAGAAAUCGCAGAAAGUACUCGAAGAAUUGGAGAAUAUCGACGAUGAAUGUGAUGCAUUGGGUAUAACUUUUGUGAAAAUUGACAAUCCUGAAGAAGCCAUCGAAUACGGCAUAAACAAAGUUCCUAAACUAAUUUACUUUGAAAAAGGCAUUCCAACCAUUUACGAAGGCAAUCUUGAGGAUGAGGAGAAAUUGCUCAAAUGGCUCGAGGAGCAAACCACCUCCGAUCAAAUUGAGGAUAUAACCGAUGAGAUGUUGGAUUUGAUAAUAGAAAAGAUGCCCUAUGUCGCUGUGCUCUACUACGACAAGGACCAAAAGAAAUCGCAAAAGGUACUAGCCGAACUGGAGAAUAUCGACGAUGAGUGUGAUCAAAAUGAUAUCGCUUUCGUCAAAAUUGACGACGACAGUGAGGCGAAGGAGUGGGGUAUCGAUGAAAUACCGUCGAUUGUCUUCUUCGAACGUGGCAUACCACAUAUUUACGAAGGUGAUUUGAUGAAAGAAGACGAGCUGUUGGGUUGGCUCGUACAUCAGAAGCGCCAUUCAGAGAUCCCCGAAGUCACCGACGAGAUGAAGGACAAGUUGGUUGAAAAUACUGAACAUUUGGCCGUGAUUUUUUAUGACAAGGAUGAUAAACAAGAUAUUCGGGUACUCAACGAACUGGAGAAUAUUGACGAUGAACUCGAAAAGGAGGGCAUUGUGAUCGUACGCAUUGACAAUGCGGCCGAAGCGAAAGAAUACGGAUUAGACCAUUUGCCUGCGCUCAUUUAUUUUGAGAACAAAAUACCAGCACUCUACGAGGGCGAUCUAAUGAACGAGGACGAAGUAUUGGAAUGGCUGAUUUUGCAGAAGCGUACCGCCACCAUUGAAGAGGUCACCGAUGAAAUACUGGUCGAAUUAAUCAAUGACCAUGAGUAUGUAGUCGUAUUCUUCACCGGUCCUUGUGAGCCGGGUGAAAAAUGCGAUAAGACAUUGAAUGCAUUGGAGAGCAUUGACGAUGAACUGGAUGAAGCAGGCAUCAUUUUUGUCACCACCGAAGACACCAACAUCGCCAAGAAACACAACAUAAAAAGUUAUCCACAACUGGUAUUCUUCAGAAAUCGUGAUCCAUUAGUUUUUACAGGCGAUUUGGAUGAUGAAGACGAGGUAUUGGCAUGGAUCACAGAUGAAGACACUCUUGAGAUUCCGGGUAAAAUUGAGGAAGUGAACACCAAAAUGUUGGAUAAGAUACUGUCGGAAAAUGAUCACGUGGUGGUAUUCUUUUACCGUGAAGGCGAUAAGCGCGCACAAAAGAUUUUGAAUGAACUGGAGAAUAUCGAUGAUGAAUGUGAAGAAAAGGAUAUUGACUUUAUCAAAACUUCCGAUCCUGAUGUUGAUAAGGAAUACGAUCUGGCUAGCUUGCCAGCAUUAGCGUUUUACAGACACAAGUUCCGCACGAUAUAUGAUGGUGAUCUAAUGAAGGAGGAAGAAAUUCUGGAUUGGGUUAUCGACCUUCAUGAAUCCACAGCUGAUGUUAUCGAAUCUGUCGAUCGCAAAACUUUGCAAGUUUUGAUUAACGACGUAGAACACUUAGCUGUGUUUUUCUAUGAUGACAAAUGCGAGACGUGUCCACAAAUCUUGGAGGAAUUGGAGACCAUUGAUGAUGAUACCGACAAACACGGCAUACAAUUUGUCAAAUCGAAUGACGUGAAGUUGGCGCAUGAAAUAGGAAUUUUUGCAUUCCCAGCUUUAGUUUAUUAUGAAACGGGCGUUCCAAUCAUGUAUGACGGUAAUCUCAAAAAUGAAAAUCGUGUGUUGCAGUGGCUGAUCAAUCAAAAGAGUGAGGAUGAUGAUGAUGAUGAUGAUGAUAAUGAUGAUGAUGAUGAAGAUGAUGAAGAUGAUGAUAAUGAUGAUGAUGAUGAGGAUGAUGAUGAUGAUGAGGAUGAUGACGAUGAUGAGGAAGAUAUAGACGAUGACGAAAUCGAAAAUCAAAUUAAACGGGGAAUGAAAAAAGGACGUAGAUACAUUGAUAAAUACGAUGACAUUAACGAAGACAAUGACGAUGACGAUGAUGACGAUGACGAUGAUGACGAUGAUGACGAUGACGAUGAUGAUGAGGACAAUGAUGAAAUAACCAAGUUGGUUUACCCCAAAGCGGAGAAAAGUAAAGAAGAGCAACUCAAACGAUUAAAGAAAAUUAUUAGAACACAACAAAAAAUUGAUGAUGAUGAUGACGACGAUGACGCUGAUGAUGAUGAUGAAGAGGAUGUUGAUAACAAAACUAAAAAAAAAUAUAAACUAAUCAAGCGCAGAAUUGCAUACGACGAAGACGAUGAGGAUGAUGAAUCCGGUGACGAUGAUGCCAAUGAUGAUGGGGACGACGACAAUGACGACGAAGGUGAAGAUGAACCACACAUGCGAGUGCGAUAUAAAAAGCCGGGUUCACGAAGAUUACGAUUUAAAAAAAUAGUUUUUAAAAGUCGUUUAAUAGAGACAGACGACGACAAUGAUGAGGAAGGUGAAGAUGAGGACGAUGAUGACGAAGAAGAUGAUGGUGAUGAUGAUGAUGAUGAUGAUGAUGAUGAUGAUGAUGAUGAUGAUGAUAAUGAUGAUGAUGAUGAUAAUGAUGAUGAUGACGAAGAUGACGAUGAGGAUGAGGAUGAUGAAGAUAAAAGGCAAAGUGUCAAAAAAAGAAAAUACAUCUCAAUGUCAGAACGAAAAAACCAGCGUCGCAAAUCGGACGAUAAUGGUGACUACGAUGACCGUAGAAAAAAAGAAUAUCAGUCUAGCAAACCGAAUAGAAGCAAAACAUAUAAAGACAGAAAUGACAACGACGACGACGACGACGAGGACAACGACAAUAAUGAUGAUGAUGCGAAAGACGUUAAAAGUCAUCCAAAAUUGCGCAAGCCAAUAAAACCUCAGAAAAUUCAUCAAGCUAAUGAACUUUGCAACAAACGAUUCUUAGAUAAGUUAGAUGACGAAUGUUUCUAUGUUGGAUUGGGUCACGACGGCGGCUCAGCACGGCGUGGUAGUAAUUUCGCACCGAACGCAUACAAACCAUUCCAAUGUUGUCCCACUAAACUGGAAAAGUCAACGAAAGUUCCCAAAAUGACCGCACAACGCAUCGGCCACGGCGACGGCGACGCGGCAAAUAAGCGCGGCGGCAGCUCCACAGGCAACUUUCAAUUUGGACCGGCCACAGCAAGCGGUGGUACAGGUGCAGCCGGCAAGUCGGCCAAAGCAGCUCAUAAAAAGGAUAAGGAUAGCAAAACCUCAUUCAGGCAAAUUGUGAAGAACGACGCAGACGAUGAUGACGACGACGACGAUGAUGCUGAUGACGACGACGAUGACGAUUAUGCUUCUGCACCAAUGGGAAAAGUCUCCUACACCAGUCCUCGUAAAUCUAGCGGCUCCGCAGCGAAGAAAGCUACUGGCGGCAACAAGCAGGUGGCCAAUGAUAAAUCCUAUGACAGUGGAAAAUCGUCGAAAAAGGCUAAGGAUGGCGAUAAAUUGAAUGUGAAGACCGGCUUUUAUUAUUUGCAUAAACGACUAAAAAAUCUAUAUGACCUUUUUCAGGAUAUCUCUCUUUGGGAAUAAGGAAGCAAUAUAAUUGAAAAAGCAAUAUGUAACCAAAUAUAAUAAUUUACACACACAAACAAACACCCACACUGCAUUGUUCAUAUGUACUAAGAUAAUUGAAAAUAUCCACUACUAAUUAUACCCUGUGAAGAUUCAUUUUAGAAGAAAUAUGUACAUAUUUACAAUAUACUAUAUAUAAAAAAAAAAUAGAAAAUACUAACAACAUACAAUUGCUUUAUUGUGUGCAAAAACUAUUUGGUCCCGACUAAUUAAAUUAAUAAAAUUAUGAGAGUUUAUUCUAGAAAAAAAUUGUAUUUAGUACCAAUCACGGAGUCGCCAAAGCUACGGUUCCUUAAAAGCAUAGAACCCUAUCCCAGGUAUAGCACAGUAACAUUGUAUCAUGCGCUCUUAAAAAAUAGCAUCCCAAACCAUUGCAUAUCUUUUUUAUGAAACCGAUAACAACAACAACAACAUAAUUUAACAGUUUAAAUGGUUUUUAAUAGAAUAAAUUGGACCUCAGCGAACGCAUGAAUACUAAAUUAUAUCGAAUGGUGCUAUUCACUAUACUGAGACUUUGCUUUCAAAGUUCGGACGUUUUCCGAUAGUGAAUGGCUUAACUAAUGAAUAUUUAGUGACUAAAUUGGUAACAAUCGUCACCCCUUUUGCCAAACUAUGAAAAUCAAAAUAUUUCAAUGAAUUAAAACAAAACAUCCAUGGAACUAUACACGCCGACAUACAAAUGUGUAGCCCAAUUAGUUUGUCCUUGAGAAAUACUGCCAUGGCACACCGCUUACACAAGCGCAAUACUCGCCAACUUCGCAACGCACAUACAUACAUAUGUAUGUAUGUAUGUAUGUCAAUAUGUUCAUAAUUUCUUUGAGGUUAUACAUAAAUGUGAGUAUAAUAAAGCAAAAAUUAUAUCUUGAAAAUAAGAACGAUAUUGGAAAUGGAUCAGUUUUACUAGGGACCCAAAAUAUAUUAUCAAAUAUAAUCACCGAUGUGGUGAUUUGGAUAUACAGUUGUCGUAAAUGGACAAUAACAACAACAACACAAAUAAGAACCCCAAAGCGAAGCAACAACAAAUAUUGCAAACGUUCCACUACUUUGCAGAGAUUGUUCGUUCGACAGACAACUCAAUCCAAUACAAUUCUUCAAUUCUCAGAAAAAUAAAAAUUAAUUUCAAACAGAAAUUAAUCGCCUUCUAAGUAGAUUUAGUUGUUAUACAGCAUUUGCGCAGCACAGUCCUUAACGUGGAAAAUGUUCAAAUUAAGUAAAUCACUUAUGUACAUAUGUACAUAUAUCUCAAUUGCAUGUACUUAAUUAAGAAAUAUCUCGUUAUCUCGUUCACACGUUUUCUGUAGCUUAGGAGUCAAAGUUCAUGACUCAUGACUGUGCUAUGCGUAAAUCUGUUUUUGUUUUUCGUUAGUUUUCUUUUUGUAGUUGCUCAGAAAAAAGCUCCAAUUCUUCCGAUCACUCUUUAUGCUCCGCUUUUGAUUUACCCCAACUAGAAUGUAUGUAUGUAUGUCCUCACAUUGGUUGAUGUGUAUUCACAUAAGCCACUUCGUUUGCUUUUGCUCUCCAUAGCCGUUCGACCAGCCUUCUUGCCAAAUCAAAUAGAAUAAAAGAAGCUCAAUAAGAUAAGGACUUCUUCCAACUGAAGGCAAUUUGUACUUGAAAACUCAAUAAAUCAAAAAGAAAAAAACAAAAAAACAAAAAAGAAAUGUCAGUUAACUAUUUUAAUUUUUAUACUGUUAUACUAGAGAAUCUUAACUAUUUACAAACUUUUAUUGUUAAAGAAGAAAACAAAACUCACUUGAUAAUCUCCAAAGUUGGAAAAUUUAUUUUAUAAUUACAACAAACAAUUUUUGUAACUGUACUUAACACUUUUGAUACUAUACAUUUACACGUUUUGUGCCGUUUUGUGUACACUUUACAAUGUAGGGGACUUGAAAAUUUUAUUGCUAACUUUUUAUUAUUUAUUUUGCAAUAUUAUAUAUUGUACUUAUGUAUUUAUAACGCAAAAAUCUGUUAACUAUUUUCGGGGCUGAUAAGAAAGCAUAAAAGCAUAAGAAGUAAAUAAAGAACAUUGUAAUAAUCGAACCGAAUGAAUGCCGUCCGAAGACAACAACAAUAAUAACGACUUUCCAUGCGUCUAUGUAGAAAUGUAUACUCGUAUAAGUAUAACUAAUAUACAUAAGUAGGUAAAAAGCGCUAACUAAAUUUAGCGGAGGCACGGUUUUCGAUUAAAAAUUGUUUUUAUAUUUUGUUAUGUAGAAAAGUUUGUAGUUGGUGUGAAAGAGUGGUGUUGCAAAGCGAAUGUAACACACACACACAAACCAAAAUAUAUAUGUAUAUAAAUACAUAUACAUAUGUAUGUGGUGGGAGCCGCUAGGUGGCGACCGCUGGCUUUUUGUAAUUUUAUUUAUUGUUGUACCGGUAUUGAAAAUACCGUUAAACUCACGCCUUUUCCGGUUGGCUACACACGCACAUACACACAUAUGCACGUCAGUGGCUAGUUACAUUAGCAUCUCGAUCCGGUAUGUGUGGAUGUGUGUGUGCACGCCUGGAAGCGCUGUUAUAAUUUAACGAAGUUAAAGCACUUGUUAUAAAUGCAGUUUUCUAAUUUUAAUUAUAAUAAAAAAUACACUCACACACAUACACAAAAUUAUGAUUAAUUGAAAUAAACAAUCGAAAUGUAACUGUUUUUCAGAAAUACAAAACAAAAAAUUAACUUAAGUAACAUACAAUGUUGAACAAUAGCGACUUUUUGAAAUGUAUGUACAACGGUAUAAAAACUCAGGCACACCGAGUUACGUAUGUAUGCAUGUAUGCCGAUAUGAAUAAUAGUACCACGGAGCGAUAGUUAAAAGCAAAUAAUUUCAAUUGUCAAAAACAAAUGUUUUACAGAAAAAAAUAUUAGUAAAAUUGUAAUUUUAAAUUUUUAGAAAUUUAAUAAACAGAUUUAUACAAAAAUCAAACCACAAA